AUGGAGCCCCCUGCCUCCUUCCCGGCCCUGCCCUCGGUCGCGCCGUCGGGGCCGCCGCCGCCUUCGCCUCCUCCGCUCGCCGGAGCCGAGCCCGGGCCGGAGCCCGAAGAGGCGCCCGCCGGCCGCGGGGAGCCGGAGCCGGAGCCCGCGCCGGGCCCGGGCCCAGGGGGGCGGCGGCGGCGGCGGCCCCUGCAGCGCGGGAAGCCGCCCUACUCGUACAUCGCGCUUAUCGCCAUGGCGCUGGCGCACGCCCCGGGCCGCCGCCUCCCGCUGGCCGCCAUCUACCGCUUCAUCAGCGAGCGCUUCGCCUUUUACCGCGACAGCCCGCGCAAGUGGCAGAACAGCAUCCGCCACAACCUCACGCUCAACGACUGCUUCGUCAAGGUGCCCCGCGAGCCGGGAAAUCCGGGCAAGGGCAACUACUGGACGCUGGACCCGGCGGCCGCGCACAUGUUCGACCACGGCAGCUUCCUGCGGCGCCGCCAGCGCUUCAAGCGCGCCGAGCCGCCCGCGCCCCCGCCGCCCGCGCCCGCCGCGCCGCCCGGCCCCUGCGCGCCCUUCCCGCCCGGCCCCUUCGGCGCGGACAGCCUAGGGGGCCUGGGGGACCUGCCGCUCGAGCUGGGGGUGCUGGGCGCCCCGGAGCCGCCCUGCUGCGCCGCGACCGACGCCGCCUUCCCGCCCUGCGCCGCCGCCUUCCCGCCGCUCUAUGCGCCCGACCUCCCGGCGCUGCCCCCGCGCCCCGCCGAGCCGCUGCUGGCCUUGGCCACGCCGCCGGGAGCGCUGGGCCCGCUUGGCCCCGGGGAGGCCUACCUGCGGCCGCCGGGCUACCUGCCGGGGCUGGAGCGCUACCUGUGA